AUGAACGCCCUCAUCAUUUGCCUACUAGUUGUUUCAUCUUGCAUUGCUUUACCUAAAGAUUAUUGGGGCUACGGAUACGGCGACUACGGGCAUGGUCAUCAUGGUCAGGACCACGACCAUGGAUAUGACAAGGGAUAUGUAAAAGGAUUCGAAAAAGAAGGAUACGGUGAAUACGGUAGCCACAAGUAUGGUGGAUGGGGACAUUACGCUAAAGGAGAAGAGCGCGGCUCAUACUACGGAUCUGACUACGACAGGGACCACGGUCAUGGAGGACACGAACAUGAAGGCCAUGGAGGCGGCUUUGAGUAUGGUUAUGCUCCACACCACCAUGAUCAUGACGAUCACCAUGGGCAUGGCAAACCUUAUGGGCUCUAUGAAUCACUUUUAAUAAGCCGAGAUCAGAAUCUUGAAGAGGGCGUGCAGACAGUUCUUCAAAAAAAGACCUAUGGCUACGGCUCCGGCGAAUUUGGCGAGGGACUUUUUGGAAAAGGUCAAGGCUCUUCUUACAGCAAAGGUUACAUUAAAGGAUUCGCAAAGAAAGGAUAUGGUGAAUAUGGUAGCCACAAAUAUGGUGGAUGGGGUAACCACGCCAAAGGCGAAGAGUAUGGCUCAAACUACGGAACCGAAUACGACAAGGACCAUGAGCAUGGAGAGCACGAACGCGAAGAACACGUCGAAGGAUACAAAUACCACGACGAUGGACACCACGACCAUGACCACGACCACGACCACGACCACGACCACGACCACGACCACGACAACGACCACGACUACUACCAUGACCAUGACCACGAUCAUGACCACGACCACGAUCACGCUCACGGCCACCAUGACCAUGGCCAUGGUGGUAAUGGCUAUGGCCACGACCAUGGCUAUGACCACGACACCUGUGACGAUCAUCACGACGACCACGACCACUACCAUCAUGGAUAUGGCAUACCUUUUGGCAACCAUCAUUUCGGUAAGGCUCUUUUCCUUGAUUGA